AUGUCUGCCUCUGACUAUGACACAGACGUGGUGAUAUGUGGUUGCGGCCCCACAGGAGCAAUGCUUUCUGCAUACCUGGGCCGGAUGAACAUUUCAAAUAUUGUUCUAGAAAAGGGAUUGGCAAUCACGACAGAUCCACGUGGAAUUGCUUUGGAUGAAGAUGGGAUUCGAUUGCUUCAGGGACUGGGAUUGUAUUCAUCCAUCUACACGAAGAUUGGCACCUGUAUGAACACAUUCAAAUUCAUUGGAGGUCCAGACCCCAUCUUAGACCAAAAAGGGUUUGUUGAGAUGGACUACGGAACAACAGAAGGCGGGACGGGACAUGUAGGUUUUAUCUGCCACAAACAGCCGGCAUUAGAGCAAUGUCUACGCGAUGCUAUGGACACUUCAAGUCACUGUGAUCAUCGCUCCGGAUGUGAAGUGAUUGAGCUCGCUGAAGAGGAUGAAGGUGUCUCAUGCAGAUACCGGGAUUCUAGCGGAGACGAACGUCAAAUCAAGGCCCGCUUUUUUGUCGGAGCCGAUGGAAAGACAGGUUUCACGAGGAAACGGUAUUUGGAGCCCCGAGGUAUAGUUAUGGAGCAAGCGCACCAAGCCUUCUAUGAAGAGGUAUGGGUUGCAUUGAAUUGGAAAAUCAGUCUUCCAACCGAGAAGACCCACCCAGAAUUUCCACUGUGGAGCUUGGGCUAUACACCUGAGCAAGUCUAUGAUUUGUUCUUCCCUAGCAAUUUCCGGUUUCUUUGCAACCCGAAUAGGCCAUCUGUCUGCGGGAGAUUUGGGCUUCCCUCAGAUAGACUAUGGAGAUUUGAGUUUGUAGUGCUCAAAGAUGAGGAUGGAGAGGAAAUGUCAACGCCUGAAAUGAUUAAGAAGGUCGUGUUUCCGUAUAUCACACACUCUGGGGCGCGAUAUGGAUUAUCAAAGGACAUUGCUUUUCCGGAGGAUUGCAUUCAGGUUCUGCGGUGUCGUCCGUUCAAUUUUUCUGCGCGAAGCUGCAACAGAUGGUCUAAUGGACGGGUGAUUCUGUGUGGUGAUGCUGCCCACGUCUUCCCACCCUUCGGAGGGCAAGGAAUAGCAUCCGGUUUUCGAGAUGCUAUCUCCCUUGCCUGGCGCCUCGCACUUCUCUGUCGAACCCAGCCCCAGAAAUCUAGGUGGCACGAAGAUGUAUUGUCAGCAUGGUACAUGGAGCGCAAACAGCAACUGGAGAGAUCGCUCGCCGCCACUAUUGCGAAUGGAAAGUUCGUAUCAGAGAGCGACCCGUUGAAGAUAUUGUGGCGUACUGUGUAUUUCUGGUUCGUACACAUGGUUCCAUCGUGGCGUGAUGAUCUCCGACGCGGCCAGCGCAAGCAUGGUAUGGUUCGAUACGAGCACACUUCGGAUAAACUUCCAUUUUUACCGGAGUACAAUGGGGGUGUCUGCCUUCCUCAGGUAUACUGCAAGGCCGUUGGGAAUCCACAUGGGGAUGUUUUCUUCACGGAUGAUGUUAUAUUCGGCCCACAAAAGCGGGGACUGUUCCAGCUGAUGGUUUACUUGAAGGACGUCAAUGAGCUCCCCACAGCACAAAAAGAGAUUAUGGACAUUGAUGACCAUUCAAAUGGCGAGAUUCGGGCCACCGACGCGACAUUCCUCAUCGAGGACCCUUCUAGCCAAUUGAGCGACACUGCCCACAACGUCUUUCGACUAGCCACCGGAGAUGAAUUUGAAGAAUCUCCGUUAUGUGAAAGAAGACCUGCUCCACGAUUCUACGAUCCAGGAUAUCUUGCAAAAGAGCUUAGGGGAGGGAAGUUCGUGAUUUUGCGCCCUGAUAGAUUCGUUUUCGCUGCAUGUUCUUCCAAGGAGGAGCUGUGGGAUGCGACCAGAAGCGCGACGAUGUAUUUGAGUGGUGUAAACUAG